GUCUGGUCGAUUCUGAACGAGCGAUCACACAGGAGCACAGACAGGAGAGAGGACAGGAGGAGAGACGGUUGUUAAGUUCCUGCUGGCUUUAUUUCAAGAAAAAAGAAAGAAAAAGAAAUAUUUUGUCAUUGAACCUGACUUGACCUGACUUGGAAAGCGAUUUGUGUUUUGGGAGGAAUUUAUUUGUUUCUUUCUGUUCUACCUGACGUCGCCCCACCAUUGAAUGAAAGGUUUCACUCACUAACACUGUUUGUGAGUGAGGAAAAGAGCGCGGCUCGGUGAAAGAGACCUAUAAGAGAGUUAUAGCGACGGAGCGGGUGAGUGAAUAACGCGAAAGACGACGACAGGAUGUGCUGCACGGGGAAGUGUUCCCGCCUAGUGGGCCUGACGCUGCUGCCCUCGGCGUUUGUCUGCAUGAUCGCCAACCUGCUGCUGUUCUUCCCCAACGGUGAGAGUCUGGACAACAGCCAGAUCUCCCUGCAGGUGUGGCUCAUGGGCGGGCUCAUCGGAGGAGGCCUCUUCAUGCUGUGUCCCAGUUGCUCGGCCAUCAGGGCAGGUGGAAAGGGUUGCUGUGGGGCAGGUUGCUGUGGAAACCGUUGUCGGAUGCUGAACUCUGUCUUCUCCUCUGCGUUUGGCCUGAUCGGGGCCAUCUACUGCUUCAGUGUGGCUUCAGCUGGCCUGGCUAUCGGGCCCAAGUGUCAGAUUGAGGGCGGGAAAUGGGAUUAUCCAUUUGAGAACCUACCCAGCACUGAGACUAGCUACCUGUUCAACGAGACGCUGUGGGACCUGUGUGUGAAACCCACCCACAUCGUGACGUGGCACAUCGUGCUGUUCGCCAUGCUGCUCUGUCUGGGCAUGCUGCAGAUGGUACUGUGCGGCAUCCAGGUGGUCAACGGCUGCAUCGGAUGCUUCUGCGGAGACUGUCGCAGCAAAGAUGACGAUAGUGACGGAGGCCUGUGAAAAGCUGUGCUCCAGAUCUACUACUGAUCUCUGAUCAUCAUCACCAAUGACGAUGACCAAUCUGACUGGCGAUUACCAACUGUUGACACGGUUGACAAUGGGCAAUGGCUAUGGGCUGAGAUUUGGGGUUAGGGUUAGAUACAAUUUAGAUUUAUUUUUAGAUUAGUUUGACAUGUGUAUGUAUUACAGGAUCACACACACACUUAAAAAUCACCAGGAAUGUAAGAUAACUCAGCAGAGGCUAGCACAACAGAACACAGCAUAUACUCUCCGUCAUCAAUCAAUAAGUAAUAGUAAUAGUAAGGGAUUGUUAGAACAGGUGACACCCUCUCUUUAUGACAAUCAUUGUCAUUGAGACAAGACAUGCACUCAGUUUCUGAAAGGAUGGACAAUUAAGUGCAAGUGAACUAUCUUGACCUGAUCUAUUUUUAAGCUAAAAAUGGUCAUUCAGAGAAAACCCCUAAACCUCUCAGAACCUAUGAAGGGCCUACAAAUUUAAAACUGCAUCACCCCCCCCCC